AUGAAAAGAAAGCAAAACAAAGGAACGUAUUUAUCUAUUCCCCUUUCAUGGAGUAGUGUUAGUAACUCUUUCUGUCACUUGACUAACUUUUGUCUUUUUGCUUUUCAUUCUUUUUCAUUCAUUUCCUUUUCAUUUCUUUUUCCUCUGCAUUCUUUUUCAUUCAUUUCCUUUUCAUUUCUUUUUCCUCUGCAUUCUUUUUCAUUCAUUUCAUAUACAUUUCUUUUUCCUAUUCAUUUUUCAUUCAUUUCCUAUUUAUUCCUUCCUCCUUUUCAUUCUUUUUCAUUCAUUUCCUAUUUAUUCCUUCCUCCUUUUCAUUCUUUUUCAUUCAUUUCCUAUUCAUUCCUUCCUCCUUUUCAUUCUUUUUCAUUCAUUUCCUAUUCAUUUCUUUUUCCCUUUCAUUCAUUUCCUAUUCAUUUCUUCCUCUUUUUCAUUCUUUUUCAUUCAUUUCUUAUUCAUUUUUUUAUUCAUUCUUUUUCUUCAUUUCUUAUUUAUGUCCUUCUCCUUUUCAUUCUUUUUCAUUCAUUUCUUAAAGUUCGCUUUCUUUUAAUGAAACCUAUAUUUUCUCUUUUUCCUUCUUUCUUGAAAAUCUUUCUUUUUUACAUUUCCUUCGUGAACGAAUCUUCCAUUUUUCUUCCCGCCUUUCUUUGCCUCUUUUUUUUUCCUUUUUGCGGGGCUUUAUCAUUUCUCUUUCUUUUUUUUUCAUUGCUACAUUUUCUUUUUUUCUUCGUUUUCUUUUUUAUUCUGACCGCAAUUCCUCGUUCCGUGCGUUAUUCUUCUUCCUUUUCCUUUCCUCUAACGGCUUUCCUUGUUUUUUCAUUCAUUCAUUUCUCUCUUAUUCGCUUUCAUUCUUUAAUUUUUCUUUUUCGUUUUUCACUUUUUUUUUGGGGGGGAGGCUUCUUUCUUUUCAUUUUUUUCUUUCCUUCAUUCUCGCUUUCAUUCAUUAUUUUUUAUUCAUUCGAUCAUCUCAUUUUAUUCUAUUGCCUUCCAAACUUAAGUUUUUUUUUAUCUAUAAUACACAUUUUCAAUUUUUUCUUUUUUUUUUCUGGAGUUUAUUCGUCCAUUUUAUUCUUUUUCAUUUCUUUUUCAUCUUUUCUUUCGUAUUCGAGUUUCUUUGGGAGUUUUUUUUUUUAUUCAAAAUAA